AUGGAUUCAGAACAAGAUGGUGAUGAAUUGGGUAUGGAGAACUCAACUGCAAUAUCAAAUAUUUCUAUUGCUCUGCCCAUAAGUCCUCCCAAGCCAAGAAAACGUGCUAGGCAGAAGAAGACUGAUAUUGCUUCUCAAACAACGAAAAAAAGAGGUCGACCCAGGAAGACAGAUAUUGUUCCCAAUGUUCCUGCCCCGAAAACCAAACUUGGUCGUCCGAGGAAGACGGCGGCGAGAUGUUUAGGAGAAGAUGAUAUGGUUGAUAGUGAGGGAGAGAAACUUAGGAAGCAGCAGAGUGGUGCUGAUUUGGUAGGAUUGGAACUUGGAUUCAAGCCACAGACUAAAGAUGCAAAUCAGGAUGUUCUUGAGCAUUGUGAUAGUGGAGAUGAAAAGAGAAGAAAAUGUUCAACUGCUAAAAGUGACAUGGGUUCUGCUGAAAGUAUUGGGAAUGUCACAGAAGCUCCUAUGGACUUGUUUGUGCAUCUAAUAAGUCCUGAAGAGGAGCUAAAAGGUGAUGGCUCGUCUUUGAACAGAACAGAAUUUGAUGAUCAGCCUACUAUCUUGUUCUCAGAGGAGGAGACAGGUGCAAGAAAUCUAAGUUCAGGGGAGAAGAUUAAUCACGCAGUUACUGACGCAAUUACUGUUUCGCAUGAAAAUUUUGGCCCGAAAAUUGAUCAUGGCACGAUAAAGAAAUUAACUACAGAUUGUGGCAAGAGCGAAAAUGAGGUCGUGGUGAAUGAAGGAGCUUGCCGAAGUGACUUCUUUGAUUCACACGACAACAGAGAGAAGUUGUUGCCUGAUACACAGGUUGUUUUAAAUGCGAUGAAGCAUGCUACUGACACUGACAUUCCUUUACAGGGGACAGAUUAUCAGCAGAGGAAUGAAAAUUGCUUGAAAAGGGGUGAAGAGAGAAAUAAAGAGGUGAUGCAUUUGGAGAGCAGUUAUGGAAGUCCUAAUGUAGAAGAUAGGAAAAAAGAAGUGAUGAAUUUAGAGGAUAUGUCCUGGAGAUUGGUGCAUUGCAACAACGAAGAUGAAGAAAAUGAAGGAGGAUUUAAACCUAAAUUUGGUAGUUCGCAUGAGGUGCAGUUUGAGAAGGAAGAUAAUUUGAUUGAGGAUACGGCUGCAAUGUUAGAAUGUAAAGCGAGAGUUGGUGCGACACUUGAUAUGUGUUGCCAAGAAAAAAAUAAUGAGCUGGAAGGUAAGGCAAAUGAAGCUGUAUCUGAGGCCAAAGUUGGUGUCUCAUUUGACGUGCAACGUGGGAAAGAAGUUGAAAUACACGUAAAGAAAGUUGAUUAUGGGAUGGAAAAUAAGGCAAAUGAAGCUGCAUGUCAAAUCAAUAUGGGAGGUUCACUGGAGGUGCACUACGAGGAAGAUGAUUUUGCGAUGGAAAAUAAGAUGAUCUGCACCAAGAGAACAAAGACUGUGAUGGAAAACAACGCAACUGAAGCUGCUUUUGAAGUUAUUGGCGAUUCACUAGACCUUCAUUGCGAGAAAGAAGACCAUGUGUUGGAAGAUAUGGCAACUGAAGCAGCACCUGAACCCAAAAUUGGCAGUAUAUUUAACUUACAAAGUGAGGAAAACACUGAUGUGAAGCAUGAUAAGGGGAAUGAAGCUGCACGUGAAUCUAAUAUUGGUGAUUCCCUUGAGGUACAAAACAACAAAGACCAUUAUGUGAUGGAAAAUAAGGCUACUGAAGAUGCAUGUCAAUUCCAUAUGGGUGGUUCACCAGAGGUUCAAUGUGAGAAACAAGAUGAUGUGAUGCAUGAUAAGGCAAAUGAAACUUUAUGUCAAACCAAUUUUGGUGCUUUGCUUGAGGUGCAAUACGAGGAAGAUGAUCAGGUGAUGGAAAAAAAGGCAAAUGAAGCUGCAUACAACAGUGACAAAUGUAAUUCACUUGAUUUUCACAGGGGGAAAGAAGACUACAUGAUGGAACUUAAGGCAGCCGAAGCUGCUUCUGAACCCAAUAUUGGAGAGUCAAAGGACCUGCACCAUGACAAAGAAGACUGUGUGAUUGAAAACAAGGCAAUUGAAGCAGCAUCUGAAUCCAAUAUUGGUGAUUCACUAGACCUUCACUGUGAGAAAGAAGACCUGGUGUUGGAAGAUAAAGAAACUGAAGCAGCAUCUGAAGCCAAAAUUGGUUGUCUAUUUGACUUACAAAGUGGGCAAAGUAUUGGUGUGAUGCAUGAUAUGGGGAAUGAAGCUGCAAGUGAAGCUUAUAUUGGUGAUCCCCUUGAGGUACAAUACAAGAAAGAUGAUUAUGUGAUGGAAAAUAAGGCAAAUGAAGCUGUUUGUCAAACCAAUAUGGGUUCACUAGAGGUCCAAUGUGUGAAACAAGAUGAUGUGAUGCAUGAUGAAGCUAAUGAAACUGCAUGUGAUGCCAAUUUUGGUGCUUCACUUGAGCAGGAAAGAAGAGCAUUGCGGAAUGUACAGGAUCAGCAUGAACUUGAACUUCAGUUUAAGGGUGGCAGUGACAAGAGUGGAGAAAGUUUAACUGAUUUUGGUUGUAAUGGGAUGGAUACCCAAGAAGUUGCUUUAAGCAUCGUGGCUGACAAUGACGGAAAGGAAGUAGUAUCCAAUGCUUCUCUGGACUUGCUAAUGACUCAGGAAGCUCCUACGGACAGCCUGCAUAUAGAAGGUUCAGCUGAUGUGGGUUUCAAUGGGGUGGGUGUCCUGGAUAGGCAAGAAAUGAUCAUUCUGCCUGGUCACUUGGGACCGUGUCAUGAAAGGAAUGGCAAGAAGCCUAUUUUGGACGGUUCAGGGGUGGAGGAUGAGCACGCAGUUGAUGAGGUAGUUAAUAUUUCAGAUAAGCUUUCUGCCAUGGAAAUGGAUCGUGGUGGUAGGGAAUUAAGGUCGAUGCAAUGUGAUGCAGAAGAUAAAUUGCAAACUUUGGUGAACGAAUCAGUAUCUGAAGCAAACCCCGGUGAUUUGCUUGACAGCAAAGAAAAAGUGUUGCACAAGCCGAAAAAUGAUAGUGUUCAUGUUCCUGAAACUAAACGUCAUGGAAAGGGCCUUCCGAACCAGAAUAUCAUUGGAACUGGAGUUUCUGCGGGGCAUUUUGCAUCCCGUACAGACAUGAAUGUGAAAUUGGCUAGUGUCAACUGUAAUGAUCCAAUGAAAAGAAAAGUUUUCUGCCCAGAAGAUUGUCACUUUGGGCAUGGGGCUGAAACCAAAAGGACACUUGACAAAGGUGAUGGAUAUGCUAAUGAGUCCAUGGACCUUGAUUUCUGCAUUGAACAGGUUAAGCUUUGGAUGACAAGACUGAAAAAUGCUGUUCAGGUUAAAGACCGAGCCAAUCAGGAAAUCAACCCAAUGCUAUUGAGAAAAGUUGAAGAGCAGAGCCUAAGAAUUGAACAGUUUAGGGCACAGAGGCAAGCUGAGCAACUACAAAAACAAAAGGAUGACAGUAAGUAUAAGAGGGAGCUGUGGCUCAUGCAGAAUGUUUUGCGAGAUUACAGAAAAUCACUGAAAGAAGGCCAGGAAUCGUUCAACAGGUAUAGAGAGAGCUGUCAAUUGCCCGAAGGGUAUAUGCCACAUCCAAGUGGUGGUGGGAGAGUUAUGACGGUGGCUGAAUGGAACAAGAUUGUGCAAAAAUAUCAAGAGGAUGCUAUCAGAGCUAUGAUGAAAAACUUUGAGGACGAGUGCUUUGGGAAGUUGAAAGAACGUCUUGGUCUGUGA